CUUUCAGAGAAAAUAACUGAACGAACGUUGCAAGCUGGUUAAGGGGGUUCGUGUUUCGUGUGUGUUAGUUUGUUUUUGUCUUUUUUUAACGCAAGAAAGAGCGUUUCCCGUUAUAAAUACCGAAGAUGGUGGUUUUCCUCUCUGUAUGUGCAGUUAUUGCUCCCGAGGUUCUCCGGGUGUUUCCAAGUGCUCAAAAAGUUUCGGCAAAGAUAAAAAGGAGUGGAUUAAAUUGUACAUGGCAGGUUGUAAAAGGGGUUACGACGUGUUGGGUGCAUGGCGAAUGGAAAGCUGUCCAAACUCUUCACAGAGACUUGACAAAAGAGGUUAAUAUGCUUACCAAAAGACAAAAGAAAAAUGAAGAUAAGAAACGUCAUAUUUCCCAUAAAAAGAGUGCUGGAAAUAUCGAUGAUCAAAACUCCGACGGCGUUGUCAAGAUGCAAGAGUCCCCCCGCCCACAGUCUUCGACAUGUGAUCAAAACAAUGUGCAGAAGAGUGAGAGUCCAGACGAAAUUCAGGAAACAUUAAUUAAACAGAGCUGUAAAUUUUUCAUUGAAAGAAUCGAUCCGGCAGAGCACAGUAACCAAAGCCAAAUUCAACAUUCGACAGUGGCGUUUGAAGUUACCAAAGCCACAGGUGCUUCUACAGAUAAACCAGAAAUCAACCUGGACUCCAGUGCUGAUAAUGACAGUAACAACAUAGUCAAUAACAUAAACUCUCUGUCUGUGAUCUUGCAUGUUGAAAAUCUAGACAAGUACAGACAAAGAUGUGACUUUUGCCCAGAACUUUUUGCCCAGCGUUUUGACUACAUAAGACAUGUCAUCACAGCACAUCCGGUGACCCCGGGGGAUAAUGUGACAUGUCCAGUCUGCUUGGCCACUUUCAGGAGUAGAUUCAAACUGCGGAACCAUGUAGAAAAUACACACUGGAGGAUGAAAAUUCAAUGUGUAAAAUGUGGCAAAUGCAUGAAGACACUCAGAUCUCAUAGGAGACACCAGUGUAUUACUGCUUCUGAAUACAUCAGGGUGAAAGGAUUAGAUAAAGACUGUGUUGAUGCCACUCUGUUACCUUGGGAAAAUUUCACUCCCCACUGCACAGAAAAAAAUGAUGAAAUCAGUUGUAACCAUUGCAAAUUUACUGCUAAAGAUCAGAAGCAGUUUCAGCGCCACAUGAGUCGGAAACAUGUUGAGAGGCAAGUCCAAUGCCCCAAGUGUACAUUCAGAUUUGGAGACCAAAAAGAUAUGAAAACACAUAUCAAGUUUACCCACAACAGCAGUAAAUACCAGUGUAACCAAUGUGAAAAGACACUGAGCACUAUGACGAAGCUCAUACGGCAUAAGAUGGACUGUGAUGUUGAAAAAAAUCUUCAAGAAACUAAACUUCCAUUUAGGUGUGACCAGUGUGAUUUUGCCUUUGAUACUCAGGAUAAAUUAGCUCUGCACAAAGGUAACACACAUCUAGGCCAGAGUCAGCUUGGCCCCUUCUCAAAGCUUUCUGUAACUGUGAAAAGGGCAGAAAUACAUGAACAUGGUGCAUUGAAACAAAGUAGAUAUCACUGCAAUUACUGUGAAUAUGCUACUGAGUAUACUGGUAGCUUUAUGGCUCACAUAAAUCGAAAGCAUGUGGUUAAAACUAUCUCCUGUCCAACUUGUGAUGCAAAAUUUGCUCUUCAGAAAGAUCUCAAAGUUCAUCUGAAGAUUCACAACUCCCAGCAAACCACUUUCAGUUGUGAAUUUUGCAAGAAAUCAUACUUGCGUCUUCACGGACUGAAAGAACAUAUGAAGACGCACACAGAAGUGCCAAGGAAUCUUCAGUGUGACGAGUGUGGAAAGAUAUACCCUGGUGUCGCAAGUUUAAAACGCCACCAGAAGGAAUGUCAUAGUAAAGGCCCACGCCCUUAUGUAUGCAACUCCUGCGGAAAGUCGUUUGCCAUCAAGUCUCGUUUUGAUGAUCAUGUGACCACCCACAGUGAGGCUCCGCUGUUCGAGUGCCCCCAGUGCGGAAAGUGUUUUUACAGAAAGUCCAUCAUGAAAGAGCACAUGCACAUUCAUAACACAGAAGUCAGAUACACUUGUGCUAUUUGCGGAAAGGGGUUUGUCACCCGUGGGGCUCACUAUCAGCAUUUUAGAAGGCAUCCAGAAGUUUCAAAUGAGAGCAGUGCACUUGCCUGACUUGCUGAGUGAAAUUGAUAAAACUAUUCCUUAGAAUCCUUUUUAUUUUGGAACUAGGAUUGAGCUUGCUUACAUAUUAACUUCAAAUUUAUUGUUUGAUACAGUAUCACUCGACAAAAGCUAAGGUGAAAAUUUAGCAUUUAUUUCAUGCAAAAUUUUAACUUAAUUUCAGUUUAUGCUUAUUGCUUAAAACAAACUAUACAGUAGUCAGUACAUUAUGUGUCUCCUUAUUGGAUAAAAGUUUAUGUCAAACAUAAUUGGGGAUCAGAUAUAAUUUCUUUUUUUUUUUUAAUUUAAUUACAUCAAAAUUGUGAAUAUAAAAAGCUUUGAUGAUCACUUGUUCUGGAGGCAAACCAACUGACCACACAAAAUUGCAUACCUCCCCCCCCCCCCCCACCCCAAACAAAUUGCCAUAUAAAUAUCAGUGGGCCCUCGACCUUCAAGUGAAUGUAAUGAUGUAUCACAUUUCUUCCUUAAAUUGUCAUCAUUAAAUUGUCAUUGUAAAUCAAUGAAUGGUUAGCAGCUUAUGGGAAGUCGCUGGCAUUUGUUGAAGCAGAUUUUGUGACAUUUUUUCCCAAAAAUUAUUAAUGCAUUUGUGAUGGUGGUCAGUGUGGUCAUCAUCAUUGCUUUAUCAUCAUGGGUCUAUUACUAGAUCUAGUAAAUGGGGGUAACUCGUAAAUCAAAUAGUAAUUUUGUUAUGUUCUCAUAUUUUUAACACCCAGGCGAGAUCGUAUCUCUUUUAUUACAAAAGUAGCAGAGCAAAGAAAAGAAAGUGGGGCAUAUUAAAAAUCUAAUCAAAAUUGAAUUGCGUUUCAUUUCAUGAUUUUUUCCGUCUUUUUAAUGGGGAAUAAAUUAUUUAGCUGAAAUUUUUUUUUAUU